CUUUUUGUGAUUUUGUCCUUGUUUCUUCGCAGCCCAUAUCGUCUUUCUUUCUUUCUUCUUUGAUAGUCUAUUUCAUUUGUUAUAUAAUUGAUUGAUUAAUGUCUUCUUCUUCUUCUUCUUCUUCUUCUUCUUCUUCUUCUGGCAACAGUGGGAAUGGUAAUGGAGGUGUUUAUGGUGGAGAAUACGAAGGGCCGUCAAGGUCCCGUCCACGUGCCAAUAACGAGGCCUGGCCUGAGCAUUUUGUGGAGGCUCUUGCUGCCCAGGUCGCUAUUGAUGCUUCUCGCAUUUUUGGCCGCCUCGCCGCAGCUCAAGCUAUUGUCAAUGUGUUUCAGGUCUGUCGCACGUGGAGAGCCGUCUCCAGCUCCGAUCUCCUCUGGCACCGUCUCUCUCGCCGUAUCUGGGGCCGCACUCACCUCCUACAUGACACGUGGCAUCAGGAGUACAUUUACCGCCAUCGGACGGCUGGGAACUUCCGCAACCGAAUAACAACCCAUUUUACUCUUCACUACGAUCCUGCUGAUGUCGACGAUCCCGACGAUCCAGAUGCCCACACGUGCCGCUGCCUUGCUCUUUCUGAUCACUAUCUAGCCUGUGGCUUCGCCGACGGUGCCGUCCGCCUGUUCGACCUCCACACGCGUCUGCAUUCGCGCACCUUCCGCCCCGAGCCCCGCGACCGCCUGGGCCGCUUCUCCCGCGCUGUCUCGGGCAUCAUCAUAAACGACGCGCGCUUGAUUUUUGCUACAUUAGAUGGUGACAUACACGUGGCAAUUAUAAACAACAAUGCAGCCCCACGUAGGGUCCACUUUGGUGAGGUGGUGACUGACGGACCAUUACUGGACUUCACGGGGCGUGGGCAAUGGUGGGUAGGCCUCCACGCUGGAGUUCCGGGCCGGGCCUUUCACAUAUGGGAUGGCAACACCGAACAACUCACCUUCGUUGGCGGUGCGCUGACGGAUCCAAACUCAGUACUUGCCUGGCACACAUUAGCCGAGUUAACCGAGUUAGUAGGGCGAGUCAGGGUUACGAACCAUGAAUCGGCGGUGGCAUGCACGAGUCAGAGAUUGAUGGUAUUUGAUCUGAGGAACCAAGGGGUAAUAUUGCAUCAGGAGGAGCCCAAUAGAGGAAUCAUAGUGAGCUGUUUCGAUGUGUGGAACGAUGCGUUUGUGGUGGUGAAUAACAGAGGCAUGGGUAUCGUGCGCAGGGUGAGCACAUUACAGGAGGUGUGCAGGUUCAACGUGAGGCUACAGAGGGGGUUGAUAGGGUGCAUUAACGGAGGUUACGCACUAAUAUGCGCGGGGGGUGUAAUUAGGGUAUGGGAAAUAGAGCAGCGUGGAGGAGAGUUAUUACGGGAGUAUUUGUAUAGCUUGAGAGAGAGAAUAGGAGAGGUCAACGCCCUGGUGGCAGACGAUAGACACGUGGCAGCAUCAUCAGGUGAUGGGUCAAUACACUUAUGGGAUUUUGGGGCACAGUGGUAAGAGUAGGACUAGGACCCGAGGGAAGGGUAGGGGGCGUAGGGUAGCGAGUAUUAGCUAGUUGGGAUGCUGACGCAUAAGGCUAGAGUUGGUAAUAGGGACUAAUAACUGACUUUAGGUUUUGAGAGGGAGAGGGGGAUGUGGAUGGGCGUGUGUGUGUGAUACGCAGUUUUGGGGACUUUUUAGGUUUGACCCUAUUGAGUAGGAUGUUCCUUCCCUGUUACAGUCUCUCUCUCUCUCUCUCUCUGUUUGUCUCUAUGUUCAAGUAUGGUGAUUUGUAGUUGUAAUGCAAGGGACUGGGAUGUCUUCGAGCUGUUCCUUUCAUUGUACUUUAAUUAAUUUCUAAUUGUGACCUUUUGAAUUGGACAGGGGUAGGCAUUUUGAAAUUUGCAGUACAAUUUGAUCCACAUGUUUUGUAUUCUUUCUCUUUCUUAUGAAAAUUUUAUGCUUUUGACCAA